UGCCUACUGGCCAAGUAUUCUUGUGUUCCUGUUGGUCGGUGGAUGUAGUCACGGUCACCGCUGAACUGCAUCUAUUUGUGCUUCAGUUAUAACACUUUAUCUCGAAGAGGUUUUUUUUUCCAUCUGGUAGGAAAGCAUCCUCAAAAUGGGUUUGAGAAGAUUCGUGCUGCAAAUGUGCAGAGUCGUUUUCUUUCUUCUUUGGUUAGAUUCUGUGUAUGGAGACGUGAGCUAUUCUUUUCCAGAGGAGAUGAAACGCGGAUCUGUCAUUGGGAAUAUAGUCAAGGAUCUCGGGCUGGACACGGGAAAGCUAUCCAAUCGAAAGGUCCGUAUUGACACCGAUGGAAACCAUAAGCGUUAUUGUGACAUAAACCUGAGCAACGGGGAACUGAUUGUGGCAGACAGGAUUGACCGAGAGGGGCUGUGUGGGGAAAAGGCGUCGUGCAUCUUACAACAUGAACUUGUGCUGGAGAAUCCUCUGGAGCUGCAUCAUAUUAGCCUGCAUGUUCUGGAUAUUAACGACAACUCCCCACAAUUUAAUGAGGAAACAAUCAAUAUUGAAAUUAGUGAGUCCGCAGACAGAGGAGCUCGUUUCUUGAUAGAAGAGGCACGUGACGCGGAUGUGGGCCAAAAUUCAGUUCAGAGCUACAACCUAAAACACAAUGAUAAUUUCAUUUUGGUUAUUAAUGCAAAUAUCGUUGAACUUGUUCUCGAUACAGAGCUCGAUCGUGAGAAACAACAGGAAAUCAGCUUGCUUCUUACAGCUCUAGAUGGUGGCUCUCCCCAGAGAUCAGGUACUGUUGUCAUUCACGUCACUGUACUGGAUGCUAAUGAUAAUGCUCCAGUGUUCAGCCAGUCCGUCUAUGAAGCCAGUCUUCCUGAAAACUCUCCUCUAGAUACUGUCGUGAUUAAAGUGAAUGCUACUGAUGCUGAUGAAGGAGUAAAUGGAGAUAUAGCGUAUGAUUUUGGUCACGUUACAGAGGAUGUAAAGAAGAUUUUCAGUAUUGACCGUAAAACAGGUGAAAUACGAGUAAUUGGCACAAUUGACUUUGAAACUGUCACAUCAUUUGAAUUCCGUGUUAAAGCAAAGGAUGGGUUGGGGCUAUCCUCCUACACCAAGGUAAUAAUUGUUAUCACCGAUGUAAAUGACAACGCACCUGUAAUCUAUUUGAAAUCGCUGACAAAUCCCAUACCAGAAGACGUGUCACCUGGUACAGAGGUGGGAAUCAUUAACGUGCAAGAUAGAGACUCUGGGAGUAAUCGACAGGUUCGCUGCUCCAUUCAGCAAAACGUCCCAUUUAAGUUAGUCCCCUCCAUCAAAAACUACUAUUCUCUGGUGACCACGGGCCACCUGGAUCGCGAAUUGCUGUCUGCUUACAAUAUUACAAUCACUGCUACAGACGAGGGCUCUCCACCUCUGACCUCCUCUAAAAUUGUUCAGUUAUCUGUAGCUGACAUCAACGACAACCCACCUGUGUUUGAGGAACAGUCCUACAGCGCCUAUGUGACUGAAAAUAACAAACCUGGCCCCACUUUAUGUUCUGUUACUGCUCGAGACCCUGACUGGAGACAAAACGGUACAGUGAUUUAUUCUCUUUUACCUGGUGAGGUGAACGGGACCCCGGUGUCCUCCUAUCUCUCAGUUAACGGAGACACUGGCUUAAUCCAUGCUGUGAGGUCGUUUGACUAUGAACAGUUCAGGAACUUUAAAGUCCAGGUGAUGGCCAGAGACAACGGUUCUCCUCCGCUCAGCAGCAACGUGACAGUCAGUGUCUUCAUAACGGAUUUGAAUGACAACUCUCCUCAGAUACUCUACCCAGCCCCGGAGGGCAGCUCGUUCAUGACCGAGCUGGUGCCCAAAGCUACACACAGAGGCUCUCUGGUGUCCAAGGUGAUAGCCGUGGACGCGGACUCCGGCCAGAACGCCUGGCUGUCCUAUCAUAUAGUCAGAUCCUCUGAUCCGGGACUUUUCACCAUUGGUGUCCACAGCGGAGAGAUCAGGACACAGCGGGACAUUUCUGAAUCUGACAGCAUGAAACAAAACCUCAUUGUGGCAGUGAAAGAUAACGGGCACCCCUUUCUCUCUGCCACCUGUUCCAUGUAUUUACUAAUUUCUGACAACUUGGCUGAAGUUCCGGAACUGAAAGAUAUGUCUUAUGAUGAGAAGAAUUCAAUGCUGACCUCUUACCUAAUUAUCGCGCUGGUGUCCGUCUCUACUUUCUUCCUGACCUUCAUUAUUAUUAUACUGGGCUUGAGGUUUUGUCGCAGGGGAAAGCCCAGACUGUUAUUUGACGGAGCGGUCGCCAUCCCCAGCGGUUCUUUCCCCCCAAAUUACGCAGAGGUGGACGGAACAGGAACUAUACGCAGCACAUACAAUUAUGACACCUACUUGACAACGGGCUCUAGAACCAGUGACUUCAAGUUUGUCAUACCGUACAACGACAACACACUGCCUGCUGACCAGACUCUUAAAAAAUCGCUACCUGAUUUUGCUGAGGUACUCGGAGGGCACGAGGGGUCCCCUGAGGUAAGACUGUGGGUUUCCAGUCUGUUGACUCAAUGGGUAUAG